CAGUUUUGUUAGUUGAAGCAUUUAACGUACGUAAAAAUAAAGAGCGUGCUGCUUGCCUUCCAGUACUUCGACCGUGAGUCAGGUACUAGACUGAAAACAGCUUUUGUUUUUUUUGUUCCUCGCAAUAAAAAUAAAGACCUUUUACAACAGAAAUCGAGAACUACAGCCAGGAGAACUAGAGCUUACCACUCACAAAAUGAAAAAAAAUACCAAAACGUGCAGUAUUUCGCUGCGUCUGUGCGCAGCCUGCCUGUUGAAAAUGAUUCAUACCCCCGGCUUGUUCUUUAUCACGACGAGCAGCCAUCUUGUUUUGCGAGCAGAAGCAGCCGGCGUGACGGCGCCAGCGGAAAGUGCAACUUCUGGGAAAGGAACCAUGCUUCGGAGCCUUUUUCCAUCGUGGCGUAGUACAUCUUCUGAAGAUGAUCCUGGGCCGUCUGCUCGGCAGAAGCGGCGCCUGGCGACCAGCUGCGGACUCUGCAGCCGGCGGAACAUCAAGGCCCGUGUUUCUCCUCGCGGAAAGGUUGACCAAAAUAUGCAAGGGAAAUGAAGAAGUACUAGCACACGACCCAUAGAGGCACCAGAAAAAGAAUGAAUCUUUUGUUGCGGGGCUUAGCGUCAAAUCAAUGAUAGUGAAAAGCUCAAUCCGACCGCUCGGCACGAGGACAAGCGCUUUUUUGAAUUUUUUGUGCUGGUCGCUGGCUAGCCUUACCAAAUGCAUCGUUCUGCAUGUUUGCACUUGCAGCAGGGGGAUGGCCUCUCUUUCUUGGUUCCCCGCAUCACAGAACAGUUACACACAAAAAUCGCAACUACACAAGUUCCGGUACAUACUAUGGGUCGUGUACUUCCCCUUUUUGAUUUCCGUAGGAUAAGAACCCCUCCUGACAAGCCGCUCCUGGCCAUUGCGUCGUUUCUGGCCGGGGACCCCACCGAGCAAGAACCGGGGAAUCAUCCACGCCCCCGUCCUUUCUGGCCGUGUCGUUUCUGGCCGGAGACCCCGGGUCGUGCCGAGGCAUCCACGCCACUCCGGGCAGUCAGCCGAAGCUGGCUGGGCGCUGCCGACCAGGCGAGGGCAGCCGCCUCGGGCAGUCGAAGCAAGGAGGAGGACCUUGAGCGCCGUCGCCGUGGUCGUGACGCGCGCCUCGCUCGAAAUAUGGUCAAGGGGCUGUUGCAAGCGAUAAAAGACGACACAGUAAAGCCGCACAGUAUCGCUGAGGAUUCGUUCGCACACGACUGGAAUGACGUCGCGUGCACGCUGGCGGCGAGAAAAAGGAGGGCAGACGCGUUUGAUAAUAUCAAUACUCCGGAGCCAGCAGGUAAUGGCAUUCGUAACAACAUCCAUGCGAGGCAGAGUUUUUUCCAGGAAAUUUUCGAAGCUUUUGUCGCGGAAAAUGUUGAUCCUCACGGCGGUCCUGCGCAAAGGAUCCCGACUGAGCUCCUGGUUUCGUUGGAAGACGCGAUUGGGAGGAUUUGCACUGCGCCCGACGUGGGGGUCGACAAGUCAAGUUCCACUCUGACAUAUUACAGGUUACGUGAUGUCCCGGACACGGAGGUGAAGACUCGUGUCUCCGCCCUGGCACCUCCACGUGAAAGAGAAAGCGUGGUGUCUAUUUCUGUCGUUCAGGGUGAUGAUGAUCCCCCGCUGGAGAUCAACACGUACAAAAUGUAA